UCCAUGCAACUCCACAACAGCAAGAAGAAAAAGUCGAAAAAGAUGAAACAAACAUGUCAGAAAAUUAUAUUGAACAAAACAACACUAUAUCACAAACAAAGGAUGAACAACAAAUCUUUGAAAUAACCAUGA